AUACGUUUCUUGAUUUGUUGAAGCGACUAGUUGUACAUUUUGAAAAUCCUUGUUGAGCAAAGCAAACAUUGUACAAAUAUCCGUUUUUUUUUUUAAAUCCUCUAGCUAGUUUGAAUACGUUUUUUUUUUAUGGCUGGAUCAUGGAGACCAAGCAAAGCCUUCCUGCAACGCAGGAAGAAGAGGGCCAGCAGCAGACGCUGGGCUGUUAUGAGUAAAAGGCUUCAAGAAACACCUAAGCCCAUCGUCACACCUGUAAUCACACAACUUGGAAAUUGUGACCCAAUCACCCAAACCAGUCCAGUUCCUUUGCUGGGUGUCAGAGGGUUGCUGCUGGCUUUUGGCAGGGUAUGCCAAAUCUGGAGGAACUGCCUGAGCCAGAUGGAGGAAUUCAGAUAUUACGUCACUGUAACGGAGAGAAAUGUACGGCGAACUUAGCAAACAAGGCAUUUAUGUCAUUUUCUGGAUUCUUGAAAACAUUUUUCUUCUGGCGGGGGUAUGCCAAACAAUUAGAGACCCUCCAGAAUCAAAUGGCUGAGCUGCAGAGGGAGAUGGAUGCCUUGCAUUCUGCUCUUCAGCAGGGGGGUAGCACUGCAUGCCACUGCCAUGGGACUGUGGCUGGUGGCUUAGUCCGUCCAAUGUUCCCUACUCCUCCCCCUCUUCCGUUGGGCUGUGGGUCCAGUGUAGACCCUCUCCCUGCUCUCACACCACCAGUCCCAGCUCCUCCACCACCUCCACCACCGCCACCUCCUCCUCCCCCAUCUACCACUUUUCUGCAGCCCUACGUCCCUAAAAAAAGAGUGGCCUCCAAUGCUCAACAGAGCUCCAAGGAGAAGCAGGACUUACUGGUGGCUGUGACCCUCAGGGAUUUACAGACUGUUAAACUGAGAAAGGUCAUUGUCAGCAGUGUGAAAUCAAAGAGGACUCCAGAGAAAAUACGUGCCCCUCUGGUCACUGUGGCAGACCUGCAGAAUGUCCGUCUGAAACGAUCCCACUGCCAACUGCUCCCUAAGCUCCCCAAAUGCCUUAGCGCUGGCAGAACACCUUCUAAAAACCCCAUGAGUCUGCGUACACAGCUGAAGAGAGUUCAAAUCAAUAGGAGUCCUGGUGGUACUCCUCUGUUUGACAAGGAGAAUAUGGAGGCAGGCACUGGCCUCACCCCCAUCAUGACUCAGGCUCUGCAACGCAAGUUCCAGAGUGCCUUACCACGAGGACCGUCUCCAAAGGCAAAGAAUUGCAAUGGAAGCUUUGAUAAUCAAAACUGAGACAUUUGUUGAUAAAUACACAAUGUCGGUCCAGACGAGUUGAAAUGUAACAGUGAAAAGCAGCUGCUCUGUUGUAUGCGGAUGGUAUGCAAGCUAUGGAUGUAACUAUUGGCGCAAUGCACAUUUACUAGCGCAUUCUGCUUUCCACUGCUGAAUGGGUUACUCCUUUCCUUUGCUGGAUGGGUUACAUAAUGCUUUCCAUUGCUGAAUGGUUUAUUAAGUGCUAGGGAGAUUGAGGAUGAGAAGAGGAAACACUGUUUUGUCUUGAACCACUUUUAAAAUGAACAUAAAUUCUGAAAGCAAGCAUUUUCUGUGAAAGCUGCUUUUACAGAACAGUCCUGUUAAUUCAUUGAAUGACAGAUGAGGACUUGCCUUGACUGCCCCUCUGUAUCAGACAUAGGAUUGGUUAAUCCCAACACUGCCUUAAAGCCUCAUGGUUCUUGGAACAGUGAUAUUAAGUGAGCCAUACUGAGAUUUAAAAGGCAGUAGUUGAGAUACUCUGUACAUGUUGAGGAAACACAAUCUGUGAUGAGUUACUUGAACUGAGUGAGAUGCAUCACAUGUUUUUAAUGUGAGUUCAGUUAGUAGUCAUUUUUAUGAGGAAGUAAACAUAUCUGAGGGACUUUGUUUGGAAAUUGCACAUUGACUAGGGACCCAAUAUGUUUGUGAGCUAUUGUGUUUUGAUCUUUGUUUAUAUAGCUUUUUUUCUAAAAUCUUAUUGCAUGAUAUUUUUAAUUUGCUACUGUAACCAAAUAAAAUCUGUUACAUUUUUAAAGUUUUA